UUCAUGCGUAUUCUUUACAGAUCUGAGGUUGAGUGGGUUUUCUGCUCGAGCUCCUCCUCUCAGGCUAACGUAGAAGAAUGGCGGUGCUUGCGAUGGCUUCCGGGGUCCUCCGGCCGAGCCUUGGUCUGAAUCUGGAGCCGGGAGGUAUUGGCUUGUGGCCCACCCUUUUGAGCCACUCGCUUUUGCGCAUAGUGGAGCAGCCUUUCUCCGACGCUGCGCCGUGCAUCACAGCACACGGGGGAUACGACACCUGAGAGCGCAGAGUUGAUGAUUUUAGUGGCUGCCAUUUUUUUCUUGCCUUAAUAGCGGCCAAAAAGAUUUGGCGUGGACGACCUAGACCUUGAUCUCUCCCCUCUCUCUCUCUCUGUCACUCUCUCAUUUUGUCCGAGGGUGCGACCUUGGUGGUGGCUGUGGGGUUGUGGGCGAUGGCUAAGAAAGUGGACAAGCAGGUAAAUCGAUUCUACUGCGCCGAGUGCGAGGAGCUCGCCAGGAAAGUGGCCGAUCACUCCGACGCCAUCCAGCUCUGGACUAUCUCUUGGAGAUGUCCAUCCCAACGCACUCCUAGAGCUACAUACCCAACUGCUGUUGAGGAUGACAGUUCCAAAGAGACUGACAGAAUUCCAACACCUAAAGUGAUAAUUGAUCAAGACUCAAACCCAGAUGCAACCAUCGUCGAGGUAGCCUUUGGCGAUCGCCUUGGAGCACUACUUGACACUGUUAGGGUGCUUUGCGAAAAAGCUAAGGAGGUUUUAAUGGAAGAAAGCAAUGUUCAGGCCAACUGUUCAAUCUGUUCAAAGCUCACAAAGAUCCUAGACAAAAUCCAAUUGCUCACAAGAUUAUUUUGUGCUCUUUUGUUUUAUUUGUGAAUAUCACUAUUUACUUUGAAACAGAAUUAGUGUUAAUUUUGAUAUUUACUAGUUUCUCAUGUAAUUAAAUACUAAUAUUACUUCAAUGUCAG